AUGUGCGGGGCCAAACUGGAUCUGACAAAUGAAGGGAGUGGGUGUGUGAACCAGCUUGGCGGAGUAUUUCUGAAUGGGAGGCCGCUUCCAGCUUCCAAAAGGAGAAAAAUGAUCGAAUUGGCUUUGGAGGGUGUGCGCCCCUGCGAGAUCUCCAGAAUUUUACGGGUGUCGAAUGGUUGCGUGAGCAAGAUUCUAAGCAGGUACCACCAAACAGGCCUCUUCGGUCCGAAAACUAUCGGAGGGAGUCGACCUCGCCUACUCACUCCGGAUGUCACAUCUAAAAUCAUCCAGUGCAAGAGAGAACACCCCACCAUCUUUGCGUGGGAAAUACGAAAAAGGCUAGCCACAGGAAGAAUCUGUAAACCUGCUAAAGUUCCAAGCGUGUCAUCUAUAAACCGAAUUUUGAGGAAGAUACAACUGGAGCCGCUGAAUUCUUCUGAGCCGAGUCUAGAGCGUGCCGCGGAGACGCAAGGAGAGAUUGCAGACAGCGAUGUGAUGGAGACGGUGAAUGGGCAGCGGUUCGGUGGUGUUCAGCAUCGCAACCGGACCACAUUCACCCCAGAGCAAAGCAGAGUGUUGGAGCAAGAGUUCGGUAAGAGUCAAUAUGCAGACAUGUUUACCAGAGAAAAGUUGUCGCUGGAUAUUAAACUUCCAGAGGACACAAUCAAGGUGUGGUUCUCAAACAGAAGGGCCAAAUGGAGGAGAGAAGCCAAACCAAAAUACAACCUCCAACAUGAACACAGUAAGUAG